GGCGUUGCAUUCUGGGGCUUUUAUGUAAACCAACAUGGCGGCCGCCUGCACCAGAACGCUUUGUAAGGUCGGCAGGAGUAUUUUGGCGUCUCCAGCCGCCCGCCGUCCCGGGACCGUCUCCUACUUAGUGGGGAAUGUGAGCUCACGAGGGUCCAGGAGGGCGUACGGUACCAACGGGUACCGCUCCGAGCUGUUGUCCUCUCUGCGAACAGGAGUAGGAGGCAGAGUGCUGGGCUGUGCCGUCCUGCUCGGUGGAGGUUUGGGUUUCUAUCACACACUGAAGUUCAGGGUCCAGCAGCUCCUGGCCCAGGAGGAGACCAAGGUCUCAGGAGGAGGUCUGAGGUUGACCCUGUACCAGUACAAGACCUGCCCGUUCUGCAGCAAGGUGCGAGCGUUUCUGGACUACCACGGGCUGCCGUACGAGAUCGUGGAGGUGAACCCGGUGAUGAGGAAGGAGAUCAAGUGGUCGGUGUACAGAAAGGUUCCCAUCCUGAUGGUGGAUGACGAAGUGCAACUGAAUGACUCGUCUGUCAUCAUCAGCUCCCUCAAGACAUAUUUAAUCAACAAGGAGAGGAGCAUGUCUGAGAUCCUUCACUGCUACCCGGAGAUGAAGUCUGUGAACGAGCGUGGGAAGGAGGUGACGGAGUACAACAACAAGUACUGGGUGAUGCUGGGUGAGGCGGAGACCACGGAAAUAUACCCCGAGAAGGGAAUGCAGAAAGAGGAGAUGAAGUGGCGUCAGUGGGCCGAUGAUUGGCUUGUGCAUCUCAUAUCUCCCAACGUGUACCGGACUACCGGCGAGGCCCUGGCAUCCUUUGACUACAUUGUGCGCGAGGGCAAGUUUGGUACUUUUGAAGGUUUCUUUGCCAAAUAUGUCGGCGCUGCGGCCAUGUUUGUCAUCGCCAAAAGGCUGAAAAGUCGACACAACCUGCAGGACGACGUCAGGCAGGAUCUCUACAAGGCCGUCAACGACUGGGUGACAGCCAUCGGCAAGAAGAGGAAGUUCAUGGGUGGAGAUCAACCCAACCUGGCGGACCUGGCGGUGUUCGGUGUCCUCCGAGUGAUGGACGGUCUGCAGGCGUUUGACGACAUGAUGGCUAACACCAGGGUCAAACACUGGUACCGACGGAUGGAGAGGGCGUCGCUUAAUCACGAGGGCCGACAGCACUGAAGCUGAACUGGAGGCAAACGGCUGAGAGAAGGAGACCACACAACACCGAGAGAUUCCAGCCUCAGAAAGACUGAACAAUAAACAGUCGCCGUCAGUGACCGGCGGCAGGAAGCAAGAAGUCCUGCAAAAAUUGUGAAACGGUUUGAGAAUGGUCACCACUGCCCUGAUUGUUUUUUUUCCCCCAGAUAGAAACACAUGCGCUUAAACCUGUUAACUGCAAACAUUUAUGAAAAUAAAGAGAUCACACACACAUGAAAAUACUGUAUGCAACUAGAUCAUUUUACCAUUUAAUACCCAAGCUGCUCAAAUCUGCUGUUCAUUUUAGGGCAUUUUACUGACCUCUUCUGGUAAACUGUGGGAACUGAAAUAAUUCAAACAAAACAUUUAACACAGUCAAGUCAUAUUUUCAGAAUACAAACAAAACAAAAUGUUCGGCAUACCUUUUGAUAAAGCAACAAUUUCCUGCAGUUUUGCUUUAUGGGACGGUGAAAAUAGUGUGUUGUUCCUUUAAGACAGCCUACAGAGUUUCCAUGCAGAUCUGGAGAAUUAGUUUUACACAUACACACCUUUAAUGGUGUCACAAAAUGUUAUUUCACACAGUACUGUACAAUUUUUAUUAAUUAACAUGGUUUAUUUAAGUGGUUGUCAACCAAAGCUGUUGUUCCUGCAAGUACUUAAAAGCUUGUAUUUAUGAAAAAAAUCAGCUAAAUUCAUUUAAUUUUAAAGCAGACACAUUCAGAUCAUCGCCGCUUUGUCUGGAAUAAAAGUUGUCGUUAAGAUUUCCUUUGAGGAUCAGUAGUUUGUAAAGUUGUUACAGGUACCAUGAGAUCUGUUUCUUUCAGGUGAUUGUUUCUCUAACUGAUGCAGGAUCAGUCUGGCAGCGAGAUCGAUAAGCUCUUCUGCUGGUGCUCUCUUUAAGCUAAAAUGUGAGAACUGGUGAGCUGCCAGUUUGAAUGUACUUAAUAUCUAAACUGCACAUUAAUUGUAUUUAACAAACUCAUGUGCACAGUUGUGAAAAUAAAAAAAAUGAAACCGUGAGUUGUUUUGAGUACUAAUUACAACAUUUUAGAAACAACUGAUCACUAAUAGGAUUAGAAGUAUCCAAACUGAGGUUUAAUUUCAGACAUUUGGUUUACAGAUGAAGGUUACAAUCACUCAAUACACCUGUAUAAUCUGAAUCGCAUAUAAUUAGACCUCUGCUCCUCAAUGACUUUCAAUUUACUUUAAAGUGCUAUCAUGCUAAGAUUUGUUUCAACAAGACAAAUCAUUUGUGUCUUAGAAAAUAUUGACUAAUGCUUUUCAGCAGUUAAACCUCAUUUAUACACAUUUCUAAUCUUUAACACUUACAAUGAUUCAACAACAGCUCAUCAGACCACACAUCUUUGCUCCACAUGGAGGGAUUUAAAAACAAAU